GUCAUUUGCCCCGGGCACGGUCCCCUGGUUACUGACCCGAAAGCCAAAAUCGAGGAGUAUAUCAAACAUCGCGAACUGAGAGACGAGCAAAUUUUGAGUUGUCUCCGAGAGGUCGAACGAGCAAAUACAUUGGAAGUGACAAGAGCUAUCUACAAAAAUCUUCCAGCGAGUGUACAAAUCGCUGCUUUUCGAUCAACUCAGCUACAUUUGAGAAAAUUGGAAGAGGAGGGAAAAAUCAGAAGAACGGGUUUUGUAGAUUAUGUAAUAUGUAAGUUGUAG